AUCGCCCCCCCCACGCUGCUGCUCUACGUGGACGCGGGGAAGGAGACGAUGGUGAAGACCAUCAAGAAGCGGUUGGAGACCUACUACAAGGCCACCGAGCCCGUCAUCGCCUUCUACAAGAGCAGGGGCAUCGUCCGCCAGCUCAACGCCGAGGGCUCCGUGGAGGAAGUUUUCCAGCAGGUCUGCUCCCACCUCGACAGGCUGUAG